AUUAUCGAUUUUUUCCCUUGUUUUUUGUCUUCUUAUUCUCAGACCAUCAAACCUGCACAGAAGUAGGGAUUCCGCACUUCAUCUCUCUUUCUAUCUCUCCUAAUCUUCCGCCUACACUCUCUCCACCCGGUAAUCUGGUUUCCGUUCCUUCUUCCAUCUCCAGCAAGAGGAGUUUCUUCGAUACAAUGGUGUCUUCGACGCAUUUGUUCGAUACAAUAAAGCAUCGUCAUAAACCAGAAGUUGAUUUGUUAUCUGCUAAGAGGCUGAAAGUGUCAGCUUCUGGUAGCAUAGACUCGUUAUCGUGUUUGGAGACUGAUGAGUUUGAUGAAAAAACCGAUUGUGUAACAUCAUCGUCACCUGCUUGUUUAUCAUCUUCUUGUGAUUCAGAAGGUCAAAUACCAUCAAGCUCAAGCCUAGAGAGGAGUUGCCAAGUGAAUGGACACGCAGAUGCUGUUUCUCUUGCAUCUGGUGCUGCUGGAAUUUCGUACCCCAGAAAGAAUGAUAAUGAGCAUGGCUCGUCAGAUUUUGUGAAUGGGUGGAUGUAUCUUAAUGAGCAGGGUCAGAUGUGUGGGCCUUACAUUCAGCAGCAAUUGUUUGAGGGCUUGUCAACGGGGUUUUUGCCGGACGAGCUUCCGGUUUACCCUAUUUUGAAUGGCGCAUUACUAAAUCCUGUGCAACUGAAGUUCUUUAAACAGUAUCCUGAUCAAGUCACUACAGGAUUUGCGUAUCUUAGAAGCACUACUCCUAACGUGUCAAUAACCACAAGUAGCCAUAUUGCACCUGGGCAAGAUACCCAUAAAGAUACUGGUUCAGUUUUGCUUAAUUAUGAUACACAAAGUCAUGUUCAGCAGGCCUCCCAUAGCACUGAUGCGAUAGUUUCAGACUCAAAAUUAUCUCCAAGGACCGCUGUAGUUCAGCAGCAGUCUCUUUCUUGGGAAGAAAAAUGCUGGCUAUUUCUGGAUGGUUACGGGAGAGUUACUGGGCCACAUUCUCUUUCAGAACUUUACUACUGGCAUCAAUAUGGUUAUCUACACAGUUCAGUUAUGAUACGUCAUACCGAUAAUAAAUGCGGUCCUUUCAGUCUUCUGUCGUUGAUCAAUGCAUGUGGAAAAGAGAGUUCUAGUACCGCGAAUACAUCUGAAAAGGAAAGUAUCAGUUCGUCGGAACUUAUAUCAGGAGUAUCAGAAGAAAUCGGGUCACAAUUGCAUGAUGGAAUCAUGAAGGCAGCUCAUCGAUAUGUUUUGGAUGAGAUCAUUGGCAAUGUUAUUGCGGAUUAUGUUGCUAUGAAGAAGGCUCAGAAACAAUUAAAGAAUGAGCAUGGUAGAGAAGAUUUGAUAUUUGAAAGGAAUAAAACCAAAGACGGGGAAAAUAAUUCUUCUGCUUCACAUGCUGCAAUAACUUCCUGCCAUGAUGAUGCCUCAACUUCAGCAACAGCUAAGGAAACUCUUGAAGAGCCUUCCAGCUUUCAACACAUGAAAUCUAUUGGCAGUGUUGAAAAUUAUCAGGGAGCCACUGAAGCCAUCAGCCGGGUGCUUUUUGACUAUUGUAUGCAGGUUAUGUGGAAUGCUGUCUUUUAUGAACCUGUUGCAAAUUGUACACUCACUUGGAGAAAAAACAAACGCUGGUCACAUAACAGUACUGAAGAAGCAGUUGCUUUGGACAAAAAUUCUGAUUUCCAGAAGAUUGUAGUAGUGGAAGUUGAAGCUAGUGAGCCGGGGGUACCAGCAGAUGAGCUUGAUUGUCCUCCUGGAUUUCAUUCAAUUGUGCAAGAUUCUCUUUUGUGUGAUUCAUCUUUGAUAGCCCAAUCUCAUUUUAGAGAAGAUAAGUUAUCCAGUCCCAGUAUGCAACAUCAAGACGAAGACAGGGAAGGGACAAUUGGAAGAGUAGAAGAGGAACUUUUUAUGCUUGCUAAGACAUCCAUGGAUGAUUUUUUGAAGAUUUCCAUAGAAAAAGAAGUGUUUAAGUUAAAUAAGUGUUUGAAGGAUAAUGGAACACAUGAGGUUUCUGUAGAAAAUUCAGGACAACUGUCCAAAGACAAUGACAGUGGAUAUGCUGCUUCAGAGAUGCUCCAAGGGCUGGUUUCUAGACGCAUCUGCCUUGAUGAAUCUCAUAUUAUUUCACAAGGGACUGGUUUAUUACAUCAGCCUGCUGUGUGUCCACACAAGGACUCUUCAUCUGAUUUUCUUGGAACCGGUUUCAGGAGUCUUGGUGCACCUGCUAUCACUGCAAUUCAUUGUUGUAAAACUGAUGAACCGCUGCCCCCUGGAAUUGCUGAUUUGACUAUUGACCCAAGUGCUCAGGACCUGCAGAAAUUUUUGCUUGACCACUUAAAGAUUCCUAUCCAGGCAAUAAGAUCUCAUGAGGCAGCUGAUUUAGCACAUGGAAACAGUUCAUCUAACUUUAUAGGACAUGCUUUCAAGAGAUUGGGCAUGCCUAUAUGCAGUGUGAUUGAUGAUCACAGAACUGACGAGGCCCAGUUACCUGGAGCAGGUGGUGAAGUUAAAGAUAUAGUUUCACCAACCAUAUCCGAGUUCCGACCAUUACACUUAGGUGAGGGCAUACCUAAGCAGAAGAAGUUCAUGGGCUUUGCAUUAUGUCGGCAAAAGUUGCAUGAUGAUGUGCUAAGAGAGUGGUUAUCCUCUUUUCACGACGAGUUGCAUUGUUUGUUGAAGCAACGUGAUCUAGUUCAGGAGGAACUAAUUAUCAGAACUGAAGAAUGUUCCAAGUUAACUCAUCCCAUGCAGCCUGAGCUUGACCAUCUUGUGGAAAGAUCAAAGAGUUGUUACAGCUCAGGGCCAUCUGAAGUGUCUGUUGUUGAAGAGUUUACUUAUUCACGGAGAAAGAAAGUACUGAAAAAAUCUGGAGCUGAGCCAAGUUCUCCACCAUUACGGGAUUUUAAGCUCCAUCAUCAAUCAUCAAAGAAGUUUGGAAAACCAAUAAUUUCCAACAAUGUCUCUUGCUCAGGAGCUUUAGGCAUUAAGAAUGUAAAGCAGAAGGCUAAAGGAGUGUGCCAGAGAGAAACAGGAUUAUCUUCUUUAACUUCUAAAUUGGGAGCUGUUAAAAGAAGCUUGGGCAAAGAUCGUCAAUCAAUCAGAUCUUCAAAUGGUCGAAGAUUGCAAAGUUUUGCUUUGCCUUCUCAGAGUACUGUUGCUGUGGAUGAUCCCAAACAUGGAGUAGAAAAGGUUCUGGACAUGGAAGCAGAAUCUAAUGAUAUUGAAGAGCUAAGCAGCAGCAGCAGCAUUCACAGCAACGCCAAGAAGGAUAAACUUGCUAAUGAUCAUUCCCAAACGGUGAAGAAUUCUUCAACAGUGUCAAAGCUGAAAAGAAAGAACUUGGUUGGUGAAUCAUCAUCACUUCCGUCUAAAGCUCCGAAGCUUGUGGAUGCUGGCGCAAAGCAAGCAGAAGUCAAAGUGGCUGAAAGAAGGACCAAGUUGAAAAAAUCCAAGGUGCUGAGUUCCUGUCCAGUGUCUGUAGGAUGUGCUCGAUCUUCAAUCGAUGGAUGGGAGUGGCAUAAAUGGUCCUCACAUGCAAGACCUUCAGAAAGAGCUCGUGUCAGGGGAAUUCAAAUAACUACUAUGCAGCGUUUUACUUCUGAUAUUAGUGGUCACCAUCCAUCACGCGUGAAGGGAAUCUCUGCUAGAACUAAUAGAGUAAAAAUGCGAAAUCUACUUGCAGCAGUAGAGGGUGCUGAACUAUUAAAGGCUUCUCAAUUGAAGGCCAGGAAAAAACGUCUGCGUUUUCAGCGGAGUAAGAUUCACGACUGGGGUCUUGUUGCACUUGAACCAAUUGAAGCAGAUGAUUUUGUCAUUGAAUAUGUCGGGGAACUAAUUCGUCCUAGGAUAUCUGAUAUUAGGGAACAACAAUAUGAGAAGAUGGGUAUUGGCAGCAGUUACCUCUUCAGAUUGGAUGAUGGCUAUGUGGUUGAUGCUACUAAACGUGGUGGCAUUGCUAGAUUCAUAAACCAUUCUUGUGAGCCUAACUGUUACACCAAAAUUGUUAGCGUCGAGAGUCAAAAGAGGAUAUUUAUUUAUGCGAAACGACAUAUAUCUGCUGGUGAAGAGAUCACGUAUAAUUACAAGUUUCCCCUGGAGGACAAAAAGAUCCCCUGUAAUUGUGGUACUAAAAGGUGUCGUGGUUCAAUGAACUAGAAAGGAAUUGGAGGCUCAUGUUGCAUUGCAGCCUUGCAGGAUUUGAAUUGCAAUGCCUGUUGAGAGCCAUAUGACUUGAUCUAUCAUUCCUAUCCAAGAUGAAGAGCUAUCAAGUCAUGUGCACUCUUGUAGAUAGUCUCUCAACUGCAGAUGAGUUUCUACCCUUGGAAACUGUAAUGAGUUCAUUGUCUUCUUUUUUAUAGUUACAUGACCUUGGGAAUAUUAGUAUCAAUUUUGUAUAGAGUACAGAGUACAGACCUCACUAAUUUUUUCAAUAUCCAAUGAUAAAUGCUAUUAAUAAUAACUUAUA